ACGUAUACUAACAAAAAAUAAUGGCUUCUUCUUCUUCCCAACAAGGCACGUUUUUUCUUGCACUUGCACUAACCCUAGCCACCACCGUGUUCGUCACCGCCUCGGGCCAGCAGCAGCCCGCCGCCGGCGGUGAAGCGCCGAGCCCGGCCCCGGCGGGGCCUCUCAACCUGACAGAGAUCCUCACGAAGGCCACCCACUACAAUACCUUCGUGCGGCUGCUCAAGGACACCGAGGUGAGCUCGCAGGUGAGCAGCUUGCUGAACAACGACCGGAACGCCGAUGGCCUGACGGUGCUGGCGCCGACGGACGCGGCGUUCGGCCGGCUCCGGCCGGGGACGCUCAACCGGAUGGACGCGCAGGCGCAGUCGGAGCUGGUGCUGUUCCACAUCCUGCCCAAGUACUACGGCUUCGUCACGUUCGAGACGACGACCAACCCGGUCCGCACCCAGGCCUCCAGCCAGCGCGGCGUCUGCACCGUCAACAUCACCACCGCCGGCGAGGAGAAGGUGAACGUCUCGUCGGGGGUCAUGGAGACCACGCUGGGAAAGCCGCUCCGCGAUGGCCAUCCCCUCGCCGUGUACUCGCUCGACGACGUCCUGCUCCCGCCGGACAUGUUCGGCCCCGGCGCCAAGAAGAACCUCGGGGCCGAUGCGCCCACGGCGGCAGGGAAGCCGGGGAAGCAAACCGCGUCGUCCUCGUCGUCGACAGUGGCGGCGACGCCUGACGAAGCGCCGUCGAAGGAGGCGGAUGCCACGGCCACGGCGGCUGCCGGCAGGAUUGCGAUAGGAUGGCCCGUUUUCGCAGCUGCUGUGACCGCGUUGGCUAUGAGCCUGCUCUGAUAGUAUUGAGUACUGUGUGCAUGUACCUGCAUAUGAUGCAUGCAUGCAGUUGAUAUAUGCACAUAUACAGUAUAUGUUUGCAUGAUUUUUACUUA